UAACCAGCUAUAUAAGAGCAAAUUAAUUGUCGAGUUAUUAUAACGUUAAGGUUGGUGCAUUGUAGGAUCAUCACAAUGCUACGGAUAACGCUGUUCCUGAUGGUCGCGGCACUCGCGUGCCAAGCCGCUCCUGCCUCCGACGACGAAGCUGCCGACCAUCUAUACAGAAGUGUGAUCAUUGCUGACUACGAGACCGCUCUGUCACAGAGUAAAGAACUUGAGAAAGAGAAGAGAGGCAAAGUUAUCUCGAAAACUGUUGAUAAACUGCUCAACCAGGACAAACAGAAGCUUAUGUAUUACGCGUACUAUCUGUGGAACCACGACGCCCAAGACAUCGUAAAGAAUGACUUCCCGAUCGAAUUUAGAAUGAUCUUCGGCCAGCUUACCGUCAAGCUCCUUAAUAAGAAAUUCGGUAUGCGGCUAAAAGUAGGACUCAAGACUGAUUCCGACGGCGAAAGGACCGUGUAUGGUGAUAGCGGUGACGUUGGCAAUAGGGCAGUCUGGCAAUUCAUGAAUGUCGACGCAUCGGACAAGAAAGUCUACUUUAAAAUCUACAACCCUAGCGAUAACCAAUUUCUGAAAACCGGAAAUUCAGCUGAUGCUUACAAUGACCACCCGAUUUACACUUCUACUAACUCUGACACUUACAGACAUCAGUGGUAUCUUGAGCCAGUGGUGUUGGAUAACGAGAUCCUGUUCUACGUAAUUAACCGGCAGUACAGUCAGCCCCUGAAGCUGGCCCAAUCCACGGACUCGGAUGGCGACCGCCAGGCUUACAGUCACGGGGAAGAUUCGUCCGGCGCUCCUGAACGCUUUGGAUGGAAGAUUGAACGUAGCUAAACAAUUCGAUUAUUU